GCGACCACUGCAGCGAGGCCCUGGGGCGAUAGUGAGGGAGACGCUGAGUGGGCACGCAGGCCGCGCGGGGGCCGCUCCUCCCGGCUCGUGCCGACGCCGCUCCGGCCUGUACCGGCCGCCCACCCACCCCGGCCGCCUGUCCCGCCCGGUGCCCUCAUCUGCUGUGCUUUAACAACGGCUUUCAUCGUGCGAGUUCGGGUGCAGGGCUCCGGGAGUGCCCGGGACACAACAGUCCGGCACAUCCAAGACCCGGAGUUCCUGUCCUGCCAUCCUUUUCUCCUCGUUGAUGUUGGAGGGCAGAUUCAACCUGGCCUUUGUCCUCCUUUUUUUUGCUAUCAGCAGGAAUGGCUUUGUUAUAAAGUUGUGCUUGAGACUUUAACGUUUUGUCAGAGGCUAGAGAUUUCCGGCACGAUAGAGCGUAAGCUGUAAAUACACAGCGCUUGGUUUACAAGGCCUAGCUGUCUAGGCCCCAGGCCGUGUGCUUUUCUAAUUUAAAAUUCUAGUGGCGUUACCGUUUCUUGGUGUGCACGAAGACAACGCAAGCAGCUGAGGAAAUUGCUAAGAAGUGUGUACCGGGGAUGCUUUAGGAAGAGACUGAAUGCCGAGGCGAGUUCCAGUCCAAAGGUGUUUAAUUUACCAAGAAGAAAGUGAACAUCAUGGAUCAGAACAACAGCCUGCCACCUUAUGCUCAGGGCCUGGCCUCCCCUCAGGGUGCCAUGACUCCUGGAAUCCCCAUCUUCAGUCCGAUGAUGCCUUACGGCACAGGACUGACUCCACAGCCUAUUCAGAGCACCAACAGUCUGUCCAUCUUGGAGGAGCAGCAGAGGCAGCAGCAGCAGCAGCAACAGCAGCAACAGGCGCAGCAGCAGCAGCAGCAGCAGCAGCAGCAGGCUCAGCAGCAGCAGCAGCAGCAGGCAGUGGCGGCCGUUCAGCAGUCAGCAUCCCAGCAGGCGACACAGGCGGCCUCGGGCCAGACACCACAGCUCUUCCACUCACAGACUCUUACCACUGCACCCUUGCCGGGCACCACUCCCCUGUAUCCCUCCCCCAUGACCCCCAUGACCCCCAUUACCCCCGCCACGCCAGCCUCUGAGAGCUCUGGGAUCGUGCCGCAGCUACAAAAUAUUGUAUCUACAGUGAAUCUUGGCUGUAAGCUUGACCUAAAGACCAUUGCACUUCGUGCCCGAAAUGCUGAAUAUAAUCCCAAGCGGUUUGCUGCUGUUAUCAUGAGAAUAAGAGAGCCCCGAACCACUGCACUAAUAUUCAGUUCUGGGAAAAUGGUGUGCACAGGAGCCAAGAGUGAAGAGCAGUCCCGACUAGCAGCAAGAAAAUAUGCCAGAGUUGUACAGAAAUUAGGUUUUCCAGCAAAGUUCUUGGACUUCAAGAUUCAGAAUAUGGUGGGGAGCUGUGAUGUGAAAUUCCCUAUAAGGUUAGAAGGCCUCGUGCUGACCCACCAACAAUUUAGUAGUUACGAGCCAGAGUUAUUUCCCGGUUUAAUCUACAGAAUGAUCAAACCCAGAAUUGUUCUUCUUAUUUUUGUUUCUGGAAAAGUUGUUUUAACAGGUGCUAAAGUCAGAGCAGAAAUUUAUGAAGCAUUUGAAAAUAUCUACCCUAUUCUAAAGGGUUUCAGGAAGACGACAUAAUGGCUGUUAAUGUACUCCUGCCUCUGCACCCACUUGUUCUUUUUUUUAAAAACAAAUCAGUUUUGGUACAUUUAAAUGGUGGUGUUGUGGAGGGUCCCAGUUUGGUGAGAAGAUGGGCGUUCUGUGGGUUGCAGCACCAGGUGAAGCUCUCCGGCGUGCACUCCCCGUGGCGAUGCUGGGAAGUGGUCUUCUGCGCAGAGAACACUGCAGCAUUAUGUAAGUUGCUCGUACUGUGCUGCUGUUUGAGUUGUGCUGCCUGUUUAUUUAUAAUUAGAUUUUAAACACAUACUGCUGUUGACAAGUUGGUUUGAGGUACAGAACUUCCAAAUGUUAAAGCCACCUCUGCAGUUGAUUGGACUUUUUCUUUUAAUUUCUUCCCCAUAAACCAGUUUUUAUAUUUCUACCAGAAAAGUAAAAAUCUUUUUUAAAAGCGUUGUUUUUCUAAUUCGUGACUCCUAGGGGUUAUUUUUGUGCCAGACACAUUCCGCCUUUUCAGUAUUGCAGGACAGAAUAGAUGUAUUAAAGAAAACAAAUGGCUGUACAUAUUUUUCUUCCUUCGGAGUAUUCUGUACAAUAAAUGCUGUUUAUAAAAGUGUUAGAUUGAUGUUAUAAAUGAUACCUUGUAAGAUUCAUGUGACCAUACUGGUAAAGUUUGUAUUUUAGAUAUAAUUGCCUGAAACCA